AACUUUGCCAACUCGUAAAGACCGUAACUUAUAAAAGUUUGCACGAAUUUCUUGUCGUGUGCUACAAAAUAUCCUCAGUUAUUUCAUGCUUUAUUUCUCCUUUCCUUUUUAGGAUUCAUUUUCCUCGUCUCUGUUUCGCUUUCAAAUAAUCAUUUAUAGCAAAUUUCUCUCUUAUAUAUAUAGCAAAGGGGAAGAGCCAACCUUGUUCUAUUCAUUCAAACUAAUUUCAAGUUCAGGUUUAUGCACAAAAUUUCAAAGUUCUUUGAUUUAGCAAACUUCCUUCCAUUAAUCUCAGGUUUCAUCAUGAAGACCGCACACACACACGAUGCAGCUUCUUCGUCGUCUUCUUCUUCUUCUUUCUCUUCUCCAACUAUAAUAUUGGAAGAAAAGCGUACUUCAACUUCACCCAAAAAAUCAGUUUUAAGAAGUUUAAGUUGUAAAUUGUCUUCAAGAAGAAAGGCCAAUAAGCUCUCUCUUUCAUCAAGCAAAAACUACAGCAAUGAGCUCCAAAAGGUGUUCAAUUACUUUGAUGAGGAUGGGAAUGGUAAAAUAUCUCCUUCUGAAUUACAGAGCUGCGUGAGAACUGUGGGGGGCGAGCUGUCAAUGGAUGAGGCAGAAGCAGCUGUGAGAGCAGCUGAUUUGAACGGAGAUGAACUGCUCGACUUCGAGGAAUUCCAGAAGCUAAUGGACGGAGGAGGAGAGGAAGACAAGAAUGAGGAGCUCAAAGAGGCUUUUGGCAUGUAUGAGAUGGAAGGAUCGGGUUGCAUCACUCCCACAAGCUUGAAGAGGAUGCUCAGUCGACUCGGUGAGUCCAAGUCCAUUGAGGAUUGUAAAGCUAUGAUUCGAAUGUUUGAUCUCAAUGGAGACGGCGUCCUAAGCUUUGAUGAGUUCCAAUCUAUGAUGCGUUGAUUAAUUCAUAUCUAUUACUGUUCGCCGUAAAUAUUUGUACGAUUCCUUUGGUGAUUGGUUUUUUGUUUUGUUAACACUUCAUUCUUUUGCUUGUUACACAUUUGUAAGGAAUAUAUUUCCAUAAUCUUGUAGAAUAAUCAGCUUAUAUUUUUCGACCUUUGUUUAUACUGAUGUAUUAUACAAUAUUCACUCGUUCAAUCCUACAA